CAUUAUAAAGCCGCAAGUUCCUGCGUCUUCUUUCCACCUUCAGCCAUUUUAACCAUGUUAGGAGCUGUGGGACGCUGCUGCACCGGGGCUCUGCAGGCUCUCAAGCCCGGGGUCCAGCCCCUCAAGGCCCUCGUCGGAUCCCCGGCCGUCCUCGCACGUCGGGACUAUGUCGCACCCGCGGCCGCCGCCGCCGUCGCCACCGGCCGCAUCGUGGCCGUGAUCGGCGCCGUCGUCGACGUCCAGUUCGACGUGGGCCUCCCUCCCAUCCUCAACGCCCUGGAAGUGAGCGGCCGUGAGUCCAGGCUGGUCCUGGAGGUGGCUCAGCAUCUCGGGGAGAACACUGUGCGGACCAUCGCCAUGGACGGUACCGAAGGUCUGGUCCGUGGACAGCAGGUCCUGGACACCGGUGCCCCCAUCAGAAUCCCAGUGGGUCCCGAGACCCUGGGCAGGAUCAUGAAUGUCAUCGGCGAGCCCAUCGACGAGAGGGGUCCCAUCUCCACCAAGCAGACGGCACCUAUCCACGCUGAGGCCCCAGAGUUCACUGACAUGAGUGUGGAGCAGGAGAUUCUGGUUACCGGCAUCAAGGUUGUGGACCUGCUGGCCCCCUACGCCAAGGGAGGAAAGAUCGGUCUGUUCGGUGGUGCCGGUGUCGGCAAGACCGUAUUGAUCAUGGAGCUGAUCAACAACGUGGCUAAAGCCCACGGUGGCUACUCGGUGUUCGCUGGUGUCGGAGAGCGCACCCGUGAGGGAAAUGACUUGUACCAUGAAAUGAUUGAGUCUGGUGUCAUCAACCUGAAGGACACCACCUCAAAGGUGGCGCUGGUGUACGGACAGAUGAACGAGCCCCCCGGUGCUCGUGCCAGGGUGGCUCUGACCGGACUGACCGUGGCCGAGUAUUUCCGUGACCAGGAGGGUCAGGAUGUGCUGCUCUUCAUCGACAACAUCUUCCGCUUCACACAGGCCGGCUCUGAGGUGUCUGCCCUGCUGGGUCGAAUCCCCUCCGCCGUGGGUUAUCAGCCCACUCUGGCCACUGACAUGGGCACCAUGCAGGAGAGAAUCACCACCACCAAGAAGGGUUCCAUCACAUCCGUGCAGGCCAUUUAUGUGCCCGCUGAUGAUUUGACUGACCCCGCCCCUGCCACCACCUUCGCUCACUUGGACGCCACCACCGUGUUGUCCCGCGCCAUCGCUGAGCUCGGUAUCUACCCUGCCGUCGACCCGCUGGACUCAACCUCCCGUAUCAUGGACCCAAACAUUGUCGGAGCCGAGCACUACGACGUCGCCCGUGGCGUGCAGAAAAUCCUCCAGGACUACAAAUCCCUGCAGGAUAUCAUUGCCAUCCUGGGUAUGGAUGAGUUGUCUGAGGAGGACAAGCUGACUGUGGCCCGCGCUCGCAAGAUCCAGCGUUUCCUUUCGCAGCCCUUCCAGGUGGCCGAGGUCUUCACUGGCCACAUGGGCAAGCUGGUGCCCCUCAAGGAAACCAUCAAGGGCUUCAAGAGCAUCCUGGGUGGUGAGUACGACGCUCUGCCCGAGCAGGCCUUCUACAUGGUCGGCCCCAUCGAGGAGGUCGUAGAGAAGGCAGAGAAACUGGCUGAGGAGCACUCGUAAGGAAAUCCUAACAAAAUAAAAAUCUGUUGUGGGGUGAAGAGGAGAGUCCUGCGGUUAGGAGCACUUGGUUUGUAAAACAUGUCAAAAAAUUCAAAUGUACCUGUCUUGUCAUCCUGAAAAGAAAAGUUCUAUUUAAUGUUACCGAUGAAAAGAUGGAAUAAAACACUGUCUUUACACAAAAUAUCUCGUCAACUGCAUAUUUCCUGUUGGCUUUAACUUGUAGUCGGGUCUUGUUCCCAAUGGGGAAUCUCAUGAAAUGGCUGUCCUCAUCUGCUCUGACCACAAGGUGGCGUUCCUGAGCCGUGUCGAACUUUUAUGAUCUGUGUUGUCACAUGCUGAAAUAAAACGGUGGACAAACA